CGCCCAGCCCGGCCCCCGAGCGGCGCAGGCACCGGGGCCGCCGCCGCUCCGCCGCCUCGGGGCUCGGCGACGCCGCUCCUGCUGCCCUCCCUGAGCCGCAGCCCGCGCCCCGGAGCGGACAGCUGCUUAGCACAAGCUGAUUUGCCCUAUAUGACUGUUACAUACUUCAGAAUAACUGUGGCUGACACAGACUGAACACAUGCAUCCAUUUCCAAAAUCUGCCUGAGAAAAUAGAUUAUAUCCGCUGUUUGCCUUUGAUUAAUGAGAUUUCCUUAUGUGGUCAUGUAGAUGUGUUUAUUUCAGCCUUAAAAUUGCUGAUGCAAAUCCUUGCUAUGGCAUCUGUGGCUUCACCAGUUAUAUUUAAGGAAUUUUGUCCCUUGUAUUAUCUCCUCAAUGCCAUUCCUACAAAGAUCCAGAAAGGCUUUCGCUCCAUUGUGGUUUACCUCACAGCACUGGAUACCAAUGGAGACUACAUUGCUGUGGGGAGCAGCAUUGGAAUGCUUUAUCUCUACUGCAGACAUGUAAACCAGAUGAAAAAAUAUAAUUUUGAGGGGAGGUGUGAAUCUAUAACUUUUGUAAAGCUCUUGAGUUGUUUUGAUGAUCUGGUUGCUGUUGGUACAGCCUCAGGUCGGGUUGCAGUUUUCCAGCUUGUGUCUUCAUUACCUGGAAGGAACAAACAGCUUCGCAGAUUUGAUGUUGCUGGCAUCCACAAAAGUAGCAUUACAGCUUUAGCUUGGAGUCCUAAUGGAAUGAAGUUAUUCUCUGGAGAUGACAAAGGAAAAAUUGUCUACUCUGCACUAGACCUAGACCAGGGUAUUUGCAACUCCAGCCUUGUACUGGAAGAGCCAUCUUCGAUUGUGCAGCUGGAUUACAACCAGAAGGUGCUGCUUGUCUCUACUCUACAGCGGACUCUGCUUUUUUACACAGAAGAGAAAUCCGUCAACCAAGUUGGAACACAGCCCAGAAAAAACACUGGCAAAUUUGGAGCAUGUUUUAUCCCUGGCCUGUGUAAACAGAGUGACUUGACACUAUUUGCUGCCAGACCUGGGCUUCGUCUGUGGAAGUCUGAUGUUCAUGGGACUGUUCAGGCCACAUUCAUAUUGAAAGAUGUAUUUGCUGGAGGAAUAAAAACUUUUGAACUGUAUCCUCGUUUAGAACCACCUGACAGAGGAAGUUACAGCUCUCCAGAGAAACACCUUGGGCUUGUGUCAUGCUUUUUCCAAGAAGGAUGGGUGCUGACCUGGAACGAAUACAGCAUCUAUUUACUAGACACUGUGAACCAGGCUUUGAUUGGUGGUUUGGAAGGAUAUGGUGAUAUUGUGUCUGUUUCCUGUACCAACAACGAGAUUUUUCUCUUAAAGGGAGAUAGAGACAUAAUAAGAAUUUCAAAUAGACCUGAAGGACUGUCAUCAAUAGAUGUGAAUUCAAAAUUGUCAAAUCCUUUAACAGAUACGAGUCCUAAAUUGCUGACCCCGUCAUCACUAGUUUCAUCUGUAUCAUCCAGCCCUUCAGUGGAAACAGAAAAAAAACCAGUUACUUCCCCUUCACUCACUGGUGAUAAAAAUGGCACUUCUUUGGUGAAAGAUGAUCUGGAAACUCCAACACUAUCAGAACAAAGUCUUGACAGAGUGGGAGACUUGAGCAGUGAAGCCAGGAAGAGGGGCUGCUCUGUAGUGAGUGAAUCACGAAGCAGGAGCAGCUCUGUGAACUCUGUGGACAGUGGCUCGAGCUUCAUGAUGUGUGCAGACCAACUUCCAGAAGCUCAGAGAGAAGGUCAGCUUUCUUCACAACGGUUCAGCACCAUCAGCUCUGAAGAUUUUGACCAAGAACUUAUUGUAAAGCCAAUUAAGGUGAAAAAGAAAAAAAAGAAGAGACAAGAAAGUGGCACAAGGAGAAACCACAGCUCUCUGGAAGGCACACCAAUUUACGAGCGUCAGCUUUCUGGUGACAGUCCACAUUCCUUGAAUGCAGACUCCUUUUCCAUGACUUCCAGCAUAAUGAGUGGCAGCAUUGAUCAUUUGAGUACUGGAUCUCCAGAUCAGGAAAGCAUGUUCAGCAUGGAGUCCCAUACAAUCUUGCAAGAAGAUAACGGUUCAGAAACUUUCAGUGUCCUGCAGUCUCCUGAGUCAGCAAAUGUACUAAUUAAUGAAGAGAAUGGAGAUGUGGCUGAUUUACAGAAACUUCCAAACAGUGACAGUGGCAUGGGUACUUCAGCUGUUAUAGAUACUUUGACAUCUGCAUCUCCUCUGAUGCUCACAGAAGACUUGGCAAGCAGUGUUGGUGGUGAAUGUAAUGGUGGUGUGGUUUCUGCAAGCAAUGAAUGCUGUCCUGGAAAGCUGAGCCAGGAGGAGGAGGAGCAGCAGGAUUUUCCUGCAUUGUGUAAAAUAGAUGAAGACUUGGAUAAAAUGAAGCUGCAAGAUACUGAAAAAUCUUCUGAGGAUCCAGACCUUACAGACCAGAUAUUUUUGGAAUGUGACAGUAUACUUGGUGUCCAGACAUCUCUGACACCAAAGGAAAGUGAUGAAACUGGUGAGGACGACCAACAGCAGCUGUCUCUAAUCCACAGCGCUCUGUCAGACCCUUCUGCACUCCAGUGUGAUGUCUCUGACAAUGUUCAUUCAGACAACUCUUCCAUUUCUGGGUGGAAUUUUGAAAGUGCAAUCAAAGCUAAAUGUAGUACUAGCACUGCUGAAAGGGUAGCAGACACUCAUGAAAGUAAGACUGAAAAAUCUGCCUCAAGUGAUGAAGAGGAUAUUUAUGGACAUGGAUUACCAUAUUCAUCCUCAGAGACCAGCAUGCCUGAAGUUGGUGCUGUGCCUGGAGCACAGGAUGUAGCCAAGAUAAGCCUAGAUGAAAUGGUGCUGUUAAAAUCUGAUCAGUUUGCAGAGAGCUGGAUGGGUUACUCUGGCCCUGGAUAUGGCAUCCUGAGCCUGGUUGUCUCAGAAAAAUACAUUUGGUGCCUGGACUACCGAGGCAGCCUGUACUGCAGCGCCCUUCCUGCCGCCGGCCUGCGCUGGCAGAAGUUUGAGGAUGGAGUCCAGCAAGUGGCAGUUUCCCCCUCAGGGGCUCUUCUCUGGAAGAUUGAACAGAAGACUAACAAAGCUUUUGCUUGUGGAAAAGUAACUAUAAAAGGAAAACGGCACUGGUAUGAGGCCUUACCCCAGGCUGUAUUUGUAGCUCUAAGUGAUGACACUGCCUGGAUUAUCAGAACAAAUGGAGAUCUGUAUCUGCAAACAGGCCUGAGUGUGGACCGUCCUUGUGCCCGAGCAGUAAAGGUUGACUGCCCUUAUCCACUGUCACAGGUCACAUCCAGGAAUAAUGUGGUGUGGGCUCUGAGCGAGCAGCGGGCCCUGCUCUACCGCGAGGGAGUGCGCAGCUUCUGUCCCGAGGGAGAGCAGUGGAAGAGUGACAUUGUCAGUGAAAUGCAAGCUUUGGAACCAGUGUGCAUAACCCUUGGUGAUCAGCAGACGUUGUGGGCUUUGGAUAUCCAUGGCAAUCUCUGGUUCAGGACUGGUAUAGUUUCAAAGAAACCACAAGGGGAUGAUAACCAUUGGUGGCAAGUAAGCAUCACUGAUUAUGUAGUGUUUGACCAGUGCAGCCUGUUCCAGACCAUAAUCCAGGCAACUCACACGGUGGCAACAGCAGCUCAGGCGCCUGUGGAGAAGGUGGCUGACAAGCUUCGAAUGGCAUUUUGGUCACAGCAGCUUCAGUGUCAGCCCAGCCUCCUCGGGGUCAAUGGCAGCGGGGUCUGGAUCUCUUCAGGCAAAAAUGAGUUCCAUGUAGCAAAGGGAAACUUAGUAGGCACGUAUUGGAAUAAUAUUGUGCCUCGUGGUACUGCUUCUGCCACAAAAUGGAUUUUUGUGUUGGCUUCCCCAGCUUCAUCUAAAGAAGGAAGCUUUUUGUGGCUGUGCCAAAGCAACAAGGAUCUGUUUUGUGUCAGUGAUCAGAAUCCUCAUUUUCGUCCUUCUACGGUGCAGCUGCCACCAGAGGCUGAAAUGGUGCACUACUCUGCCUGCCAGGAUGCCAUCUGGGGCUUGGAUAGUCUCGGGCAGAUAUUUAUCAGAACACUUUCCUCCAGCUGCCCAACAGGGAUGCAUUGGACAAAACUGGAUCUCUCCCAACUAGGUGGUGUAAAGCUGAUCAGCUUGACCUGUGGAAAUCAGCAUGUUUGGGCCUGUGACACCAAUGGUGGCAUUUAUUUCCGUGUAGGAACUCAACCUCUUAACCCAAGUUUGAUGCUUCCUGCCUGGAUAAUGAUUGAGCCACCUAUACAGCCAGUAGGAAUCAACUUGGUCAGCAUUCAUUCAAGUCCAAAUGAUCAGAUGUUGUGGGCAAUUGAUAGCAAAUGGAAUGUCCACGUACGAGUUGGAAUUACAGAUGAAAUGCCUGUUGGCACUGACUGGGAACAUGUACCAGGUCUGCAGGCCUGCCAGCUGGCUCUGAGUGCCAGGACAGUGUGGGCACGCUGCCCCAACGGGGACGUCGCUCGCCGGUACGGCGUCACGGACAAGAAUCCUGCAGGAGACUACUGGAAAAAGAUUCCUGGGAAUGUCUCACGUUUAACAGUGACCCCUCUAGAUGAACUGUGGGCAAUCAGUACUUCAGGAUCUCUGCUCCAGCGCCUCACUAAGACCUUUAGCCAUUCCCAUAGUUUGCAGAAAAAUAAUGAAACCUCUGUUCUGCUUCACCCUGAUGAUUUGGAAGAUGAAUGGGAAGUGAUAUGAAGUCUGUCAAGCUUGUGAAGCAGUGAAAAAAACAGGAGGACAGAAUUUCUGUAAUGUAUGUACAGAAUAUUGGAUCUAAGAGCCACUCAUAUUGGACCUGUGAUAUUAGCACUUUUGUAUUGAAAACUGACCUGUUAAAUAGCCCCCAAGCUGUGAGUUCUAAUGUUUGUUACAUAAUCUUUUGGGAGACUCUUUAGGUGUGGCAUACUGCAAUUGUUAUACCGUACUACUGUAAAAGCUCCUUUGGAAAUAUAACUUUUAAAUUAACCUUACUAGCAAUGAAAGUGAGUACUUCACAGCAGCAUGCAACUAAUGUACUGAUUUUGAGAAGGAAUUCUGUUGCAUUAAAUAUUUCUCUACAGUGGAAA